GGCAAGUUAACUCUAGCCUCUUUUGAUCUAAGCCCAAUCUACAGACCCUCGUCACAUCACACUAUCAGGCAGCGAUAUCAUCACGUUCCCAGUCUCGCUCCAAGUCAUCCUGCAUUGCCGUUUCUGCGUAUAAAAGAGCGGUCUGCUUCCGAAAUCAAAUGCACCCAACAUGUCCUGCCACAUCAUGAAGGCGCCUGUGCUGUUCAUUCUCUUCGUGGGAAGCGCCCUGGGAAAGUCCACGCGAGGGACCGCCGCCUUCACAGUCGCUUACAGUGAAACGGCACAGAAUGGCCCUUCUAAGACAUUCACCGACUAUGCACCUGACCUCAAUGAAUACGACUACGACAAUGCCAUUAAGAGUGUCUAUCAGACCGGCAUGUGGGUGUACUACGAGAAUGUGCAGUACAACCAGCAACCGGGCAGAGUCCACUGGGUUCACGGGAUCGAAAUCUCUGCAGACUUUCCUAGCGAUUAUUCGUACAUGGCCUCUUCGCUGAAGUUCGUCGGCAGCCCAGACACUAUGGACGCGGAUGGAUUUACAGUGUUCGAAGGCACGGCUUUCACGGGCAGCGAGUUUUACAGUGAAUCGGACGCCGCCGAUCUGGGACCCCUGACUAGACAUGGCUCCUCCAUCGUCAUCACAGGGACCAGCCCCUGGACUUUCUACAGCGACAACUCCUGGUCCGGGCGCCACAUGUGUCUCUUCCCCAACAUCCACGACGAAGGAGCCAACGGCGAGGUUCUGAACUUUGGCUUGUUUCCUAAUGUGGAAGACAUCGGCAUCAUGGACAACAGCAUCGGCUCGGUGCGGAAAGGCUGCUGGAUCCCGAGCGAGGUCGAGUCCAAGCCACUCGAGGCCGAGCAACUCAAGGCCGAGCAACUCAAGGCCGAGCAACUCAAGGCCGAGCAACUCAAGGCCGAGUACAGGGGAAAGAACGGAGCUUGGGGAAUCCUGGAGCCUUAAGCAGCCUGGCGGGGGGGGGGGGGGGGUAUCUCCUCGUCAGGGAGACUUCUGUCCCAAGAUCGCUGUCGUCGAGUUCAGCAUGUUAUCGUUAUUGUCAACAAAUAAACAGUGUAAUGCCCUUAA